GCAAGCGGGCGGCUGGGGAGGCUCCGGGGGCUCGGGUCCUGCGGCGGCGCCUGCAGCGCGGAUCCCCCACAGCCCCCGCCCGGGCCGGGCCUCAGGGACGGGCGAGCCCGGGCGCGGGGGGAGGCCGCGGUCCCGGUUCGGGUCCUGCGACUCCCCCGCCGCCCGCUUCUUCCUCUCGAGGGCGCCCCGGGAGCAGUCCGAUCCCCACGCUACCGCGGCCCCGCCCCCGCUACGAGGCCCCGCCUCCGCGUCGGGUGCUGGCCCCGCCCCCUGGCCCGGGCGGCCGGGGGUCCUCCGUCUCGUUGUGGUGUGUCCAGGCCGCUGCGUCCACGUUGGGCCGCAUCCCGGGGACCCCCGCCGCGGCGCCAUGGCCUCAGAGUCGGUGAAGGUAGUGGUGCGCUGCCGCCCCAUGAACCAGCGGGAGCGGGAGCUGAACUGCCAGCCCGUAGUGACGGUGGACUGCGCACGCGGCCAGUGCUUCAUCCAGAACCCAGGUGCCGUCGACCAGCCUCCCAAGCAGUUCACCUUCGAUGGCGCCUACUACAUGGACCACUUUACCGAGCAGAUUUACAACGAGAUCGCCUACCCGCUGGUGGAGGGUGUCACCGAGGGCUACAAUGGCACCAUCUUUGCCUAUGGCCAGACGGGCAGCGGGAAGUCCUUCACCAUGCAGGGCCUGCCAGACCCACCCUGCCAGAGAGGCAUCAUCCCCAGGGCCUUCGAGCACGUUUUUGAGAGCGUCCAGUGUGCAGAGAAUACCAAGUUUCUGGUGCGGGCCUCCUACCUGGAGAUCUACAAUGAAGAUGUCCAUGACCUGCUGGGCGCUGACACCAAGCAGAAGCUAGAGCUGAAGGAGCACCCGGAGAAGGGGGUGUACGUGAGGGGGCUCUCCAUGCACACGGUGCACAGUGUGGCCCAGUGCGAGCGCAUCAUGGAGACGGGCUGGAAGAACCGCUCAGUCGGCUACACCCUGAUGAACAAGGACUCCUCCCGCUCCCACUCCAUCUUCACCGUCAGCAUUGAGAUCUACGCCGUGGAUGAGCAGGGCAAGGACCACCUCCGGGCGGGCAAGCUGAACCUGGUGGACCUGGCAGGCAGCGAGCGGCAGUCCAAGACCGGUGCCACGGGGGAGCGGCUCAAGGAGGCCACCAAGAUCAACCUGUCACUGUCAGCGCUGGGCAACGUCAUCUCGGCCCUGGUGGACGGGCGCUGCAAACACAUCCCCUACCGGGACUCGAAGCUGACGCGGCUGCUGCAGGACUCGCUGGGCGGCAACACCAAGACGCUGAUGGUGGCCUGCUUGUCGCCGGCUGACAACAACUACGACGAGACCCUCAGCACCCUGCGCUACGCCAACCGAGCCAAGAACAUCAAGAACAAGCCGCGCAUCAACGAGGACCCCAAGGAUGCCCUCCUGCGCGAGUACCAGGAGGAGAUCAAGAAGCUCAAGGCGAUUCUAGCCCAGCAGAUGAGUCCCGGCGACCUGUCAGCCCUGCUGAACAGUCAGGUGCCCCCAAGGCCGGUCCAGAUCGAGGAGAAGCUGUUUCCCCCGCCUGAGAUCCAGUACGACCCGGAGGCCGAGAAGCAGCUGAUCCGGGAGGAGUACGAAGAGCGCCUGGCCCGGCUGAGGGCUGACUACGAGGCAGAGCAGGAGUCCAGGGCCCGGCUGGAGGAGGACAUCACUGCCAUGCGCAACUCUUACGAUAUGAAGCUGUCCACGCUGGAGGAGAACCUGCGCAAGGAGACAGAGGCCGCCGUCCUGAAGGCCGAAGUCUUCCACCAGGCCGAGGUCAUGUCCAGGGCUGAGUUUGCCAGCAGGUCUGAGGACUCCCCGACUUUCCAGUACGAGACGGCCGUGAGACCCGAGAUCUACGCCAUGCCCGACACCCUGCCCCGUGAGACCGGCUUCAACGCGGAGGCUGCGUCCAGCUUCGAACAACUGCCCCAGGUGGAGGCCUCCAAGUCGGAGGUUUCUUUUAGGUCCGAGGCGUCUUCCACACUGGAAGAGACGUCUGUCUCCGCGGCCUUCCCCGAGCCCGGGGACCCCAGCAGCCUGGAGUGCUCAGUGCCCGAAGUGGAGGCCCAGGGCGGGUCCUCCCUGAAGGAGGACAUCAGCCGGGAGGCCGCGCAGCCCCUGUGGGAGGACGAGCCCUUCUUCCAGGCAGAGGAGCGGCCGCUGUCGGCCCUGGAGCUGUUACCAGGCCUGCACGACCCGUUUGCCGAGGUGGAAGCCAAGCUGGCCAGGCUCUCCUCCACGGUGGCCGGGGUGGACGGGCCCCAGGUGGACGUGCCCAAGGUCACCACGAAGCACCCCUACCUGACAGAGCUGCUGGAGCCUGCUGACCUCAGGGCUGAAGCUGAGGUAGCCGAUGACCUCCUGACCAGGACUAGAGCACAGCCGGCCAAGGGGAGUGGGAAGAAGGCUUUAAAUCCACCCGCGUUCGUGGAGAGUGAAAGCGAACUGCUGGCCUCUGGACCUGAUGGCUGGGAGGUUGGCCUGGGCCCGGAAGUGACUGAGGAGGUGGUGUUGGCUCCAGAGCCCGGUGUGGAGGCGGAGGCUGAAGCCCAGGUGGCCUUGGAGCCUCAACCUCAGCCCCUGUUGACCAUGACAAGUGCGAGAAGGGACAGUGUGGGCGUGGAGGUGGCAGUGCUGACUGAUGACCUACUGCCCAUCGUGGACCAGCAGCAGGUGCUUGCCCGCUUGCAGCUGUUGGAGCAGCAGGUGGUGGGCGGGGAGCAGGCCAAGAACAAGGAUCUGAAGGAGAAGCACAGGCGGCGGAAGAGGUACGCGGACGAGCGCAAGCAGCAGCUGGUGGCGGCCCUGCAGAACUCGGACGAGGACAGCGGGGACUGGGUGCUGCUCAACGUCUACGACUCCAUCCAGGAGGAAGUGAGGGCCAAGAGCAAGAUGCUGGAGAAGAUGCAGAGGAAGCUUCAGGCGGCAGAGGUGGAGAUCAAAGAUCUGCAGUCAGAGUUUGAGCUCGAGAAGAUCGAUUACUUGGCCACCAUCCGUCGGCAGGAACGUGACUUUAUGCUCUUCCAGCAGCUCUUGGAGCAGGUGCAGCCCCUGAUUCGCAGGGACUGUAACUAUAGCAACCUGGAGAAGAUAAAGCGCGAGUCCUGCUGGGAUGAGGAUAAUGGCCUCUGGAAGAUCCCCGAGCCCAUGAUCAUCAAAACCAGCCUCCCAGUAGCAGUUUCAACAGGGCCACAGAACAGACCAGCCCGCAAAACCUCCGCAGUGGACAAUGGCGAACCAGGCACGCAGGAAGAAGACCGCUACAGGCUGAUGCUCAGUCGGAGUGACAGUGAAAAUAUUGCCAGUAACUACUUCAGGUCCAAGCGGGCCAGCCAGAUCCUCAGCACGGAUCCCAUGAAGAGCCUCACGCAUCACAGCUCGCCGCCAGGUCUCGGCAACAGCUAUGCCAUCCUGCCCACCCAGGCCCCAGAAAUGCCCCAGCCUCGGCCCUUCCGCCUUGAGUCCCUCGAUAUCCCCUUCACCAAGGCCAAGCGUAAGAAAAGCAAAAGCAGCUUCGGCAAUGAGCUCCUGUGAACACACUGCCUGAGGCUGCCCUGCCUGUGGGCUUCCAUGUGACUGCCAGGCCCUCCCAGGGCAGCCCCCACCAGGCCUCCUCCCACCUGCCCCUGGCCGUGACCCGGGCACCUGAGGGGGCCUUUGCCCUGGGAAGACACAUUCCUUUCACCGCUACCAAAAGCACCUUCUCUGCCCGGGGCUCUGGCUCUCCACGCCUUGUCAGUGUUUCCAGCUGCCCACCAGUGUUGUUCUGGGCAUCGAUGGGCGCAGAAACCUCAGCACCUGCCUUAAGGCCUUCACCAGCAGCCCAACAGAGCGGGCAGCCACUUCCAUCUGGAACGAGCUCGACAUCUUGGCUUUUGAAAUCGGUGCCUCAGUCCACUAGGCCCCACAUGGCGGGGAAGCCUGGUGGAAUGGGCACAGGAUGAGUCCUGGAGCAGCUGUUCUGUACUGCCCGCUCCCAGCUGGUCUGCCCAGAGAAGGUCACUUCACAUUGAGCUGCCCCAAUAAACUGCCUUUUACCCGUGGA